UUAGAUGUGAGCACGGAGGAAAUUAUGGUUAUGGAGCUGAUUUGUUCUUCGUCCGGAGACGAUUGAUCUGUCAUGAGGAGAUGAUAGCUGCCAUGACGGACAGGAGCACCGGGAUGAGGGAGAGGAGGGUGGAAUGGCAGCAAGGGACACAAAGGAGAAGGAAGGAUUAGGUUCAGAGUGGUGGAUGUCUGAAGGAACUUAAGAAGAAUCUCCAGAUACCGGAUGAAAUAAGCAGGAUGGGUACAUUUGUGACCCUGGCAGAAGUGUUGGAGGCCCGGGGUUCACCGCUGGAGGAGGAUGAGGUCUGGUGUCUGCUGCUCGCCACCACUGACGCCUUACUGGACAUCUCUAAGAAAGGUUCAGGCAACAUGUGCAGUGUGUUGAGUCCAGGCUCAGUGCUGCUGUCAGCCAAUGGGAGUCUGGCCUUCAAGAGCUGUGCACGAUACGAAGACGUGGCCUCGUUCACAGCUCCUGAAGUCCAGCAGGGUCACGCUGCCUCCAGCAGGACUGCAGCCGAGAAGAUGGUUGUGUACUCACUGGGGAUGACUCUGUAUUGGUGUGUUGACUAUCAUCUACCUCAAAACCAGCCGGUCCAGCUGAGCACUGAGUUGGAGGAUUUGCUCCUAAGCAUGUGUGAGGACGUGGCGAUGAGGAGGACCGACCUGCUGACAGUGCUGGAGACCUGUGAGCUUCACCACAAGGCCUCCACGCUGCCUCCGGCUGAGCGGCUCGUCAGGCAGCUGGUGGAGGACGUCUACAGGAACUCGGUUGACCAUGUGUCCAUAGCUGAAAACGGAUCUCCACUAACAGACCGCAGUCAGGCAGUCAGAGACAGAUUACACAAAAAUCUCAACUUGCGAGGUUGUGAAUACCACAAGAGAGAGAAGUUCAUAUGGACUCUUCACAUGAACGAUGGGAGCUCUUUUAGGAACUCGACAUGGGAGCUGAAGAAGAAGCUCUCCAGGACAUUCUCAACAGGAUGUUAUCGAGCCGAACCCCCAGGGACUCCCUUGGGAGGUCGACACAGAGAGAGUUACUGCAGCUGGCAGCUGCUGAACCGAAGCCCCUGCAGUCCAUACAUGGACGGUAAUCGAAGAGCCAACUCGCACAGAUCCCUCGCACAGUUCGAGUCCACAAUGAGUCUGAAUGACAAGAAAGCAAAGGAUCUGGGUCCUGAGUUUAUUCGAGUGUUAGAUGAGCCUCUGGUUGUCUUGGAGCUGCCUGGAUCCAUUGUGUCGAAGAAAGGAAAAUCUCCAACCACUCAGAGAGAGCUGAGUGUGGUGAUGCCAAGCGGUCAGAGCAUCCUGGUCAAAUGUGAGGUGAAAUCCAGAGGAGGAGACGUCUUUGACAUGAUCGUGGCUCACUCCAACCUCAUGGAACAUUUCUACUUUGGCCUUGCUUACCUUGACGAUAAUGAGUUUUUCUUCGUGGACAACGAUACAAAGAUUUCCAAAGUUGCAUCAGAUGGCUGGAAGAAAGUGCCUUCAACCACCUUUGUCCUUUACUUCAGGGUCAAAUUCUUUGUCAGCGACAUUUCCCUUCUUUUGCACAAACAGACCCGACACCAGUAUUACCUGCAGCUGAGGAGAGACCUUUUGGAGGACAGACUGUCCUGCCAUGAGGAGACUUCUCUGUACCUGGCGGGUCUGGCCCUGCAGACGGAGUAUGGAGACUGCAUGCCUGAGGUGUACGGUAGGAACUACUACCGCCCUGAUCAGUAUGUCCCCAAGAGUGUGAUGGAGAAACGUGCCUUGCCUUACAUCCAGGAAGAACUGCUGCGACUUCACACCAACAACACUCAGAUGCUCACAGAUGAAUCCGAGCUGGAAUUCCUCAAGGUGUGUCAGCAGCUGCCUGAAUACGGUGUGUUGUUCCACCAUGUGGUGCGUGAGAAAAAGCCUUUAGACGGAGAGAUUAUCCUCGGGGUUUGUGCCAAAGGGGUUAUCGUCUACGAGGUUAAAGACGGCUGCAGAUCCACCAGUCAGACCUUCUACUGGAGGGAGACGGCAACCAUCUCCUCUAAUAGGCGUAAAUUUAUAGUCGAGUGCCGGGGCAGCAAGAAGAAGUACACCUUCAUCACAGAGAGGUCGAAGACAGCCAGAUACCUGUGCGACCUCUGCUCAGCCCAGCACAAGUUUAACAACGAGAUGACCUCCCGCCAGCUCACCCACAGCCUCGUCUCAGAGGAGAACAUUGUGCAGUAUGCAGCGGUGUGCCGCACUCAGAGCAGCAACCUGAAGUCCUACUCGUGCUCUGAGACGCCGCAGGACGACAGCGGCCUGACCACGCCUCAGGACGAGACCCUGAACAAACUGUGCGAUGAUGUCACGGCCAGGAUCGAGGCCCGGAUAAGACAGCAACAUUUCAGUGAGCACAGUACCUGCUCCAGCAGUCAGCGCAGCAGCAUUGCUAUGCGUUCCCCAGUAUCUUCUCAGAGGAAUGGAUCUGAAGCUCGUUCUGGUUCCUUAGCACCCAGAGAUACCCCAACUAAAGUGGGGACAUCGUCAGAGAGAGAAGUCAUAUGUGUCUCCUUAAAGAAAGACCCAAAGCUUGGUCUUGGUGUAGUAAUAGUCGGAGAGGACACAGUGGGACACUAUGAUUUGGGCAUCUUUGUUGCCUCUGUUGUGCCUGGUGGACCUGCUGAUAAGGACGGACGCAUCAGACCAGGUGGUCGUCUGAUCUCUCUGAACCACAUCAGCCUGGAGGGCGUCACUUUCAGCGAGGCAGCAGAGGUCAUGCAGAGCAGCCCGGAGGAGGUGCAGCUCAUUAUCUCACAGCCAAAAGUUCCCUUCAGUUCGAUGCGCUCUCCUGUGUUGAGGAAUUAUGAGUCCCAGAUGACUCUGAUGACAGACGGACGGUUGAGAGAUGACAGUCUGGAUGAGAUCGUCUCAGUCAUGAUGACGCCCAAGACCAGCAACAGGCUGAGCGUCCCUCAAGAAGUUCGAGUCCCCGGUACACAGGACAGCUGCCCUGUAUCUCCCCCUCAAAACUGUGUGAAGCCAGGAGAGAUCACUCUGGAGCUCAGAAAGAUGUCAGGAAAUCUGGGCAUCAGCAUCUCUGGCGGCAACAACACCAGCCCUACUAAUGGAGGAAUCUACAUCAAAAGCCUUGUUCCUGGAGGAGCCGCUGAGAGAGACGGACGUCUACAUGCAGGUGACAGACUGGUGAAGGUGGAUGGGUUUAACUUCCAGGGUUUCACCUACCAGCAGGCUGUGGAGUGUCUGAGUAAAACUGGGGAGGUGGUUUCCUUUGUCGUGGAGAGGGAGUCGAUGGGCCUACCCAGAGUUUCUCUGAGUGCUGAAAACAGCAGCACUGUGUCCAACCAGACCAUCACUUCAACUACCAGCCGCCAGAGACUCAACAGCUGCUCGUCCACCAGCACUCCUGUGAUCACAAUAUCUGGCCAGCCCAAAGUCUACAGCUUCGUCACUGAUGACAACACCCAGGAAGUGACUCUCACCAAGAGUGCCAACGGUCUGGGCUUUAGCUUCCUAAUGUGUGAGCUGGAUCCACCCACCCGAGAUUUUGGCAGCCUGGUCCGGAUAAAGCAGCUUUUUCCCGGCCAGCCGGCAGAGCAGAGCGGCAGGAUCCAGGAGGGAGACGUCCUGUUGGCCAUCAACGGCCAGUCGCUGAAGGAGCUGUCCUAUCCAAAGGUGCUAAAGCUGUUCAAGACUUCACCACCUGAAGUCCAGCUGACUCUCUGUCGGCCUGCACCAGGGAUUCUUCCUUCUAUCGAUCAGUUCCAGGGCACAUGAGUGAUCUCUGAGUGUUAUAGAACAGCAGCAUCAGUGGAUGAUUAGAGGACCACAGUGUGCUUUCUGAUGAAACAGAAAGUGGUGACAUGAUGAUGAAGAUGUUCUGAUCAGUGGACAGAAGGAUUAAGCUGACCUUAUCAACGGACUCCAACACUGCAGAAAGGCAUAGCAAGGAAACAGAGAUGGACCAGAAGAGCAGAGAGGUUGAAGGCUGAUAAUGGGUGUUUGUGGAGAUGACAGCUGGAUUAUAGAAAAUCCAUUAAAGGCAUUUUGGCAACAUCAGAAGAGGAAGACAACUUUAGUAAACCGUAGAAGAACUACUGGUAUACACUCUGUUGAGAACAAAAACACUCUAGCAAAAUAUGUAACAUCUCGAAUUGUAAUUUCAUUAAAAAGAAUGCAGCCUUAAUCAAACUAUCAAA